GGAGGGCAGCGUGGAUUGCAAACACGGGUAGCGUCGUUAGCAAUUCCCUAUUAGAACUCGCACAAUUCCAUCCCCCUUCUCCCCUCUCCCCACCACUCCCUACAUGCCCACCAUCCGCCCAACCUACACUCUCCUCGCUCUGCUCGCCUGCACAGUCUUCCUCCUCACCCUCGCAGCAUUCUCCCAAAACUCCUCCGCCCUCUCUGCCCGCUCCUCGUCCUUCGCUCUCACCAACAACAUCCCAAAUGUUCCAAAUGCCGCUAAAAAGCAGGGCACGGUGUCGUCGGGGAGGAUAGGGGCAGGACAGUUGCAGGCAGUGAGAAAGCCGGGGGCGGUUAUUAUGAGCAUGAUGGGGAAUGAGACAUUGAAGGCCGAACUAGGCCGAGCAGCAUGGCGCGUGCUACACACCAUGGCCGGCAAGUUUCCCGAAGAGCCCACCGAGGACGAGCAGACCGCCAUGCGCGAUUAUAUAUAUCUGUUUGCGAGGUUAUACCCCUGUGGCGACUGCGCCCGCCACUUUGCCCAAAUCCUCACCGCCCUCCCGCCCGACGUCACCUCGCGCGCGACCAUAUCGCAAUGGGCAUGUGAGGCGCAUAAUAAGGUUAAUGAGCGGUUGAGAAAGGCGGUGUUUGAUUGUACGAGGGUGAAUGAGGAGUGGAAGUGUGGGUGUGCGGAGGAGUUGGGUGGUGCUGGGGAUGGGAAGACGACGACGGUGGUGCAGAGUGGUGGGAAGGAGAAGGAUGCGGUAAAGCCCCCCGGUUGA